UGCGUACUGUGUAUUGCUCGGAUGCCAAGACCCGAGGCACGAAUUCCGAAUCCAUGAGCUUGAGUGUCUGUCAAGGUCAAUUGACGACGCCAUUCACCGUUUAACGCCUCUCCUAUUCCCAUCAAUCGCAUCUACUUUCUCCCCUUGCCCCCUCCAAUCCCUCAGAAUGUUCCCCUCCAGCCUCGGUUCCCCGGCCAGCCUUAUAAGAUAGAGAGCUCGACCCGUAGUACCUACCCUACCCUCCCGGUAUUACUCGCACCCUCCCUCGGAUCCCCUCGUGCAUAUCAAUAUAACCCCGGCCCCGUCGCUACCUCCUCCUCCUCCCGUAAUGUGGGCCCAACUCUGUCGCUCUCUCCCCCGGACCUCCUCCUCCUCUCCUCUCCACCACUCACUAAAUCCAAUUCCUUCCUUCUCGUCGCCUCGUCUUCGUCCGACCCGCUGCGUACCCCGCCACUUCACCUCUCCGACCCUCAGAAUGGCCUCCACCCUCCCUCGGCUGCCCGUCUUCGAAGCCCUCAAGAAGCACGAACCCACCUCCACCGCAGUCAUCCACUCGCUGUCCGGCCGCUCCUUCACGUACGGCGAGCUCGUCAACGAUGUCGCCGCCGCAAAGGACAAGCUGCAGCGGAACACGAAUGGGCAGAGCGCCGAAGGGGCGCGGAUAGCGUUCUUGGUGGAGAAUGGCUACGAUUAUGUGACACUGCUUUCCAUCCUGGCCGCACAUGCCAUUGCUGUCCCUCUCUGCCCGACCUUCCCGGCCAGCGAGCUCCGCUACAUCAUCGAUCAGAGCGAAUCGCUCAUGCUGCUCUCUUCGGAGAAAUUCCAGGACAAGGCCGAUGAAGUGUUGAAGGAAGGGCUCGAAACCAAACCCAUCAACUACAAGCAGGAGAAAAUCAUGCUUGGCAAGACGGACGAUUACGUCACUUUGGAAGAACCCCAGAGCGACAAAGGCGGCAUGAUGCUGUAUACCUCGGGAACAACCAAUCGGCCCAAGGGCGUCCUCCUCCCCCAGGACGUACUCACGGCGCAGUCCAAGUCACUGCUGCAGGCGUGGGAAUACAGCAGCAACGACGUCCUGCUGCACGUGCUUCCGCUGCACCACAUCCACGGCACCGUGAAUGCACUCUUGACACCCCUGUUCGCCGGCAGUACAAUAGAGUUCCAAUUCCCGUUCAACGCGACCGCGGUAUGGGAACGCCUCGCCGCGCCCUUUCUGCCGAAUCCCGACCCUACCAAAAAACCAGUCACCUUCCUCACCGUCGUGCCGACCAUCUACACCCGCCUGCUUGCCUCGCACCCCCAACUUCCCCCCGACGUCCAAGCGGCCGCCAAAACCGCCCUCCACCCUUCCAACAUGCGCCUCAACAUCUCGGGCUCCGCGGCGCUGCCCACGCCCGUCAAGCAGGCCUGGUUCGACCUCAGCGGCGGCAACGUCCUGCUGGAACGCUACGGCAUGACCGAAGUCGGCAUGGCGCUCUCGUGCGGAUUGGACUUUGCCGACCGCGUCGACGGCAGCGUAGGAUGGCCUCUCCCGUCGGUGGAGGCGCGGCUCGUCGAUUCCGAGACAGGAGAAGUGAUGGUUGAAGGGGAAGGGGAUGUGGAUCCCGCAACGGGAAGGGAGAGGCAGGGCGAGAUCCAGCUACGUGGUCCGACGGUGUUUCGCGAGUAUUGGCGGAAUCCCGAAGCGACGGCGAAGGAAUUUGUGGAGGGGGAGGACGGAAAGGGGAAGUGGUUCAAGACGGGGGAUGUGGCGGUGCGGAGGCGGAUGGAUGGGGUCGGAGCGGGGAAAUCGACGAGGCCGACGCAGGCGUGGGCAAAGGGGCCCAUGUGGUUCAUCCAGGGGCGGGCGUCGGCGGAUAUCUUCAAGACGGGCGGGGAAAAGGUGUCUGCGCUGGAGAUUGAGCGCGAGUUGUUGAGCCUGGCCGAGGUGAGCGAGUGCGCCGUCGUGGGUCUGCCGAGCGAGGCGUGGGGGCAGAAGGUCGCUGCCGUGGUGGUGUUGAGUGAGAUGGGCAAGACGGCGGGGAAAGGGGGCAAAGCCUGGGGACCGCUGGAUAUGCGGCGGGCGUUGAAGGAGCGGUUGGCCAAUUACAAGAUUCCGCAGGAGAUGAGGGUCGUGGAGCAUCUGCCGAGGAAUGCCAUGGGGAAGGUGAAUAAGAAGGGCUUGGUGAGGGGGGUGUGGGGGGAUGGGAUGGCUAAUUAGAUGGAUGGGUUGGGGGGUUGUUGUUGUACGAGUAGGGUUGUUAGCAGAUAUGAAGAUUUUGGAUAGUGGAUGAUGGAUGGUUGAUGGAACGAGAAGGCAAGAUUAGACAAGAGAUUGGACUGUAGACCGGCUGUAGAGUACUAUCCAGUCUAUUCUUCUGCUUAGAGGACCAACGAGAAGCGAGUAUGCUUCAAACAUGGCAAAGGCUUUGAGACAUGCAAAUUUAUCUGUCCUGUAUGUAUCUAUCUAUAUAUCUAGGUAGGAUUGGCAUCCUAUUUCCGUGCCGUCAGCAGUGUACGUACUACUGUAUGUAGCGGCCACAUCCCUUCCCAGGUAUGGUGACCAUCCAAUGCAUACCUGC